CUGACAAUGGAAGGAGCCAACACAAGCUCCCCUCCAGUCUUCAUACUCCUGGGCUUCUCGGCACGGCCCUCACUGGAAUCUGUGCUCUUCCCAGUUGUCCUGGGGUUUUAUGUCGUGUCUGUCCUGGGCAAUGGCCUCAUCAUCCUGGUCUCCUGUGUGGACGUGCACCUGCACACGCCCAUGUACUUCUUCCUUGCCAACCUCUCCUUCCUGGACAUUAGCUUCACCACCAGCAUUGUCCCGCAACUCCUGGCCCACCUCUGGGGACCGCAGAAAACCAUAAGUUAUGCAGGCUGUGUGGUCCAGUUCUACAUCUCUCACUGGCUGGGGGCCACCGAGUGUGUCCUGCUGGCUGUCAUGUCCUAUGACCGCUACGCCGCCAUCUGCAGGCCCCUGCACUACAUAGUCAUCAUGCGCCCACAGCUGUGCCUUGGCCUGGCCCUGGCCUCGUGGCUCGGGGGUCUGAGCACCAGUGUGGUGGGCUCCACACUCACCCUGCUUCUGCCUCUGUGCGGAAACAACCGCAUUGACCACUUCUUCUGUGAGAUGCCUCUCAUCAUGCAGCUUGCGUGUGUGGAUACCAGCCACAACGAGCUGGAGAUGUAUGUGGCCAGCUUCCUGUUUGUCGUCCUGCCCCUGGGCCUGAUCCUUGUCUCCUAUGGCCACAUCGCCAGGGCUGUGGCAAACAUCAGGUCAGUGGAAGGGCGGAGAAAGGCGCUCAACACCUGCUCCUCCCAUGUGGCGGUUGUGACCCUGUUCUAUGGGAGCAUCAUCUUCAUGUACCUGCAGCCAGCCAAGAGCAGCUCUCACGAGCAGGGCAAGUUUGUGGCUCUGUUCUACACCGUGGCCACGCCCACACUGAACCCACUCAUUUACACCCUGAGGAACAAGGAUGUACAGAAGGCUCUCUGGCACCUCGUCUCAGAGGACUGCUGCAGCUUCCUGGGGAAACAGGGGCAGGCUUAG